UACGGUGGGUGUAUGGUGUUGCAACUAUUGUUGGAUUUUUCGUAUUGAUCGUAUACUCAAACUCCAUGAGUUUACAUUUCGUGGAUAUGUUAUACGGUUUUGCGACUAACGUUACCCUGUAUACUGAGUAUUUUAAUUUGGGUAAUACAACGAGGAGUACUGGAAUUCUUAAUACUACGUUUUCCUAUAGAACAACUUCUGAAACCAGUCAAGAUAUACAUCCCCGUCUUCCUAGCGAGAAGCCAAAAAAGUUUAAAAUUCCACCAACCAUACUAAUGUGGAAUUGGGCCAACCCGUAUCAGAUGAAAAAUAGCAAACUUCCCGAUCGUUGCGGGGGAUGUCGUUUCACAACGAACAAAACAGCUUUCAACGAAAGUGACGUUGUUAUAUUACAGGACCAGUCUCUCACACUUGAUGUUAUAGAAUUUCCUAAUAGGUUACCUCACCAAGUGUUUGUAUUCCGAUGUGGAGAAAAUCCAUGUCACACAUUUGCAAUAAACAGAGUUAACAGGGACUUGACUAUGUUCAAUGAGUUGUUCAAUAUGACAAUAACUUAUAGAAGGGAUUCCGAUGUUACAGGACCUUAUGGAUGCUGGGGGACUGGACUUAUAAAAUCGACCCAGAAUCUGCAAACAACAAAUAAAACCAAAGUAGCUGUAAUCGUUGCAAGCGACUGCAAACGAGUCGGAGCUAAGUUUCGUAAAAUUUACACGGAUGAACUCAUUAAAGCUGGAUUAAAACUCGACAGAUAUGGGAAAUGCUUUGGUCCGAGAUAUCAAGGAAAUUUGCGAGAAUUGUUAACACAAUACAAGUUCUAUUUAGCUUUUGAGAAUGGUAUUCAUUGUCGUGAUUAUAUCACUGAAAAGUUUUGGAGAAACUCCUUAGCAUACGGACUCGUUCCUGUCGUUUGGGGAUCCUCUAAAGCAGAUGUGGUACGAGUAGCACCACCAGGAUCUUAUGUUCAUGUUGAGGAUUUUAACUCGCCAAAGGAAGUUGCUGAAUAUCUCGAUUAUCUGGAUAAAAACGAUACAGCUUAUCAGGAAUAUUUUAAAUGGCGAACGGCAAAUAAAUCGGAAAAUUGUGGAAUAUCGAUAAAUUGUGAUUUAUGCAAUUUAGUUUCAAAAGGUCACAGAGGUCGACCGAUGAAAUUCACCGACUGGUGGUUUGAAACAGAGAAUAAGGAAUGCAUUUCAACCAACAUGAGUGAAAUGACAAAUUACUUCAAUAAUUUCUAUGGUAUCAAUGAAAGGUAAUGGAAAGAAACCAAAUAGUGAAGAUAUUUUCAAUUUGUGAAAGAUUGACUAACUCUAACGAUUGGUUUAUACUUUUGUUUAUACGAAUAUUGUAUUGAAAGAAGAAUGUAUUGAAAAGUUAGGAUGCAUAAGUGUUGGAUUAUAAAUUAUGAAUAGAAAUCGUCAAGAUGUUUUGGUUUAGAACUUUAGACGAAUAGAGUUUUUGUUAAGUGUUUUCACACUUUCACUCCAAACAACGCUUUGUAUGAACAACCUCUGAUGUGAGAGCUACUAUUUGAGAGGGGUAUUAAUAUUUCAGGUUCGACACCAUCCCCUCGAAUUAUUGAUCAUUGGGCGAAGUGGUGAGCAUAAGGCUUUGAGACGCCAACUUGCUUAACCCCGAAUAAGAUUUCCCAUGGAUGCACUAAACAAUAUUGUCUUAGUUUUUUCGUUUUGUCUUUUAUUGCUGGUUGGUAGUUCUGUCAUAAUCAAAGUGUCUUUGGAACUCAAAGUAGUAGGCUACAGUAACAUCUGGUCGAACUCGCUUAUUUUAAGGAUCCGGCCGAGUCCGUGAUAACGAGUCUAUGUCAUUUUAAUCGAGUUCUGAAUUCUAGUUGUUACAAAUUUAGGGAUCCAUUAUGCACGUUUACAUCUGUUCAUCGCUGAAUAAAAACAAUUUUUGGUCAAAAUUAUGCAUUGCAUCAUCUCAUUAGAGUUAGACAAUAUUUACUUCCUUCGUCGCUAGUGACCGCUUUCCGAAGAAAACUCAUUAAUGUUUAACAAAGAU